GCUCCCUCUCUCACUCACUGUUUCACAGUCUCUCCCACUCUCCAUCUCAAACCCACUGCUGCAAAGAGCACCUCCCGUUGCCCCCCCCGCUUGCCUAGCCACCGCCGCGAGCACCUUCCGCCGUUGCACCCCCCACCACCGCGAGCAUCUUUCUCUAUCGCCCCUCCCUCCACCGUCGCCUCCUAGACGGUCGCCCCCACCCCCUAACCCCCCGCUAUUUGCACUUCCUUCCGUCAACCUUACCCGCUGGCCCCUCCGACCAACCGUCGCCACCCGAAGAUUGCCCCCUCACUGCCGUUUGUCCCCACCCACUACCGCUUGCACCACACAUAAUAGGGAGCUAGGGUUUGUAAAGACGGCCAAAUCGUUUCUUUUGCUUGAGAGCUGUGAAAGUUCUGAUUGUGAUUGCAAUUCAUUUAUCGCGAUUCCGUUUUCAGGUGUCUUCUCUUUCUGUGCCACGCAUCUAUUUGUGCAAAUGUAUGUGUAUAUAUUUUGAUAUGUACUCGUUCAUUGGAUGUUAUUGUUGUAUUUGAUCUUCUUCCCUCUCUGUAUCUGUACCCGUGAUCAUUUUUUUUUUUAAUUGUACUCUCUGCAAAUGAUUUUGUUGUUGUAUUGAUAUGUGUUGCUGUUAACAAGGAACCUUUGGUGCCAACUGAUGUAUUGGACAUGUUUACAGGUUGUAAAUUUUUUUGAAUUCACAACUGAGCUUUUUGGAUCAGCAUUUCCUUGCAUUGGAGCAAGUAAUCCUGUGUGAAUUGUCAAAGAUGUCUCAAAAAGGGUUGAUGGAGCAGGAUUUGAGCAAGCUGGAUGUGACAAAAUUGCAUCCACUUUCACCUGAAGUUAUUUCUCGUCAGGCCACCAUAAAUAUUGUUGCAGGUACAAAGUCAAGGGUAUAUAGUUUCCAACCAUCUGGAGCACCUUACAUGCAUCAACAUGUACAAUAUGUUCAACAACUAUCACUAUCACCCCUAAGGCCUACUGUAUUUUCUAAUAUUGUAUUUGAUGCUUCAGGUAAUGCAGUACAACAUAUUAAUCAAAUAUUUGCAAGGAUAGUCAAGAGCAUGAGUUUUAUAAAUCUCAUCGUUAAACCAAGUGUGAAGUGAAAGAUCUAACAUUUUAGUCACCUUGGAGAUUUCAUUAUUGUACUUUUGAUUUUUGAAGUUAUGUACUCAGUAAUCAAACUAAUUUUCAUUAAGAAUUUAAUGAAAAUUAAAACAUAUUUAUUAGACUUUUGCAAAUUGAUUCAAAUUUAUUUUAACAAUAUUUAACUUUUGUAAAACCUUUAUUCAUGCAAAUGAUGGUUGGAGCAUUUAAGCCAACAAAGUGGUAGUGGUUGUGGAGCAUUACGAGUCUCAGAAGUUCAAGGUUCUUUUUUUUGGGUUUUGUUUUUUAUGUUAUUGUUGGGAUUUGCAUGGAAGUCAUGAACUCAGCAUUACAAGU